UUCGCUCGAUAAACAUAUAUUUAACAACGGUUCGGUAUAUUAACACUGUUCCCAACAAAGAAAAAAAUAGCUACAAUUCCAUUUGUUUUCAAUCAAUCUAUUAUUUUUGGAAUUGGAAGAAUUGAAAAUUAUCAAACGGGAAAGUUUACGUAAAAAGCGCAUUGUUAUAUAGAAGCGAUCAAAUUAAGUAUUUUUAUAAGCAAAAUUUGAAGCAAUACUGAAUAAAUAAAUUCACCAGCAAAGAAAAAAUUGAUACAUCGUAAAACCGAAAAAUCGAUUUAAGGGGGAUAAAUAGGAGGAGUACAAUCGCGUAUAUACUAGGCGAAAUAUUGGUUGAGGAAGCUCAGAAUUGUAUUUCGUGCAUCAAUAAUAAAAAAAAAACCGAUUUUGCUGAAAAAUAUUAAACUUAAACCGCAGUUUAGAUUAUUAAAAUGGCUGACGUUGAAUCAAGUGCUGUCGUGCAGCAACCACCUACAAACGCUAAUAACAUGAACCUAAAUUCUAUCCCUCUAUUGGCAUCCUCUGAGUUACUCGGUGAAAAUAAUAGUGCCCAAGUAAGUCUCCAACAACAAUCACAGCCUAUUGCUGGUGCUAUUGGUGGAGGAAAUGGUGGUAGCGCUGGAACUUCCUCGAAUUCGGUCAGCAAUGCCAGCUCUAUAGCAUUGGAUGUUGCUUCUAGUGAAAAUUCAAGUCUGGUCAAUAGUGGAGUGAUUGGAAGUGGAGUAGGUGGUGGCAAUCCAUCAAGUGUUGGUGGGGGUAAAAUAGACUCUGGUGAGCCACCAUCUAAGAAACAAAUGCUCGACCAUCCGAGCACAUCUGCGGGUAGUGGGAAUAGUGCUUCGCAACAUGAAAAACUCGAGUACCGUCUGGGAGGGAUUUUAUGUUGUGCUGUUUGCUUGGAUUUGCCUAAGACAGCAAUGUAUCAGUGUCAAAUGGGACAUUUAAUGUGUGCUGCUUGUUUUACACAUUUACUCGCAGAUGGACGUUUGCGUGAUCAAAUUGCCACCUGUCCAAACUGUCGUGUGGAGAUUUCGAAGAGCACAGCAUCACGCAAUUUGGCCGUGGAGAAAGCCGCCUCUGAGUUGCCCAGCGAAUGUCAAUUUUGCAACAAAGAGUUCCCAUAUAAGUCGCUAGAUCGCCAUGAACAAUAUGAAUGCCAAGAACGGCCAACAAAUUGCAAAUAUUCACGAAUUGGUUGUCAAUGGCGUGGACCGAAUCAUGAAACUAACGAACAUGAGCGCAACUGCUUGCAUCCCACCAAAUCUGGUUAUGAAGUAAUGGCUGCACUGGAAGCACACGACGCUAGAAUUAAAGAGGAAAAGAAAAUGUUUAAUACAUUAAUCGAUUUGUUGAGUUAUGAGAAAAUUAUAUUUAACGAUUUGCAAAUGAAACCGUAUCGUACCGAUGAAUAUGUACACAAAUUGUUUUAUGAGACAGCUAGAUUUACGGCAUUCAACCAGCAGUGGGUGGUGAAGGCUCGCAUUAAUAAUAGCCAACGUGAUCCACAUCAAUCCAAUGAGCGCACCAUAACCUAUCAGCUUAUCUUGAAAACAAAAACCACCACACCAAUGAGUAUUCACUUUUUUGCUUUAAAAGGGCCUUUUUCUGAUAUGAAAGUGUCCACUCAAAUUUACAAGCAUGAAUUCACGGAACAAAGCAGCGAAAGUGAUUACUACAUAUUGCCACUGCCGGAUAGCUCCGAAUGCAAUAGGCUCUUAUCCAAUAAAGGAAUCAAUUUCCGCCUUUUGAUGUUUUUAUUGAAUAAAUAAAUGUUUUAUUGG